AACAUAAGUGUUAACAUCACUUUUGCACCGAAUGGAUUUAAUUCAACCUGCUGUGCUCAUUUUUGUCUGUCUGCUGUGUCAUUUUGGUUUGGAAGGACGAAAUGUUGACUUUGCGGACAGGACGUUUGUUUCUGUCUGGAACGCGCCGUCUGCUAUAUGCGAGAGCAAAUUUGGUGUACAGUUAGACCUCUCUUACUUUGACAUAGUGGCCAACCAUAAUGAAACAUUUGAAGGAGAAGAAAUUGUGAUUUUCUACGGAAGCAGUUUGGGACUGUUACCGAGUAUUGAUGCUCACGGGAAGUUCAUACAUGGAGGGUUACCACAGCUCGCCAAUAUUACAGCGCACUUGGCCAAAGUUGCCCGUGAUGUGGAACACUACAUGCCGAGUGUUGACUUCACCGGGCUCGCUGUGAUAGACUGGGAAUCCUGGAGGCCGAUAUUUGCAAGAGAUAAUUAUAAUCAAGGAAUGAGGCGGUACAUACAGGCAUCGGAGAACCUCGUUCGCAAAUUGCACCCUGACUGGUCAAAGAAAAAAAUUGAAAACGAGGCUCGUAAGGAAUUUGAAACUGCUGCAAGAACAUUCAUCCAGUCUACGUUAGAGACGUGUAGAAAACUGAGACCGGGUGGUUACUGGGGAUUGUACUUGUUUCCGAAUUGCUACAACUAUGGUGUAGGUCAGAGUCACUGUUCAAACACCACUAUGGAGCUCAAUGACAGAUUGAGCUGGUUGUUCGAAGCCAGCACGUCCCUUUAUCCUUCAAUCUACUUGACUGAAUCUGGGACACCAACUGACAGAUACAAACAUGUGUAUGGACAACUAAAAGAAGCUCUUCGAGUGAAGAAAAAAUAUGGUGGAAAGUACUUACCGAUUGCUCCUUAUUCGAAAUUCAGGCAUGACACCGGGAAAUUCUAUAGUCAGGCAGACCUAAACAACACCAUACUACAGGCAGCGGAAGCUGGCUUGAAUGCCAUUGUAUUGUGGGGUAGUUUAGCCUCGUUUAGAAGCGCACGUGACUGUGAACAAACACGGGCUUACUUGGACUCGACUCUUGGUCCCUUCAUCAAGAAUGUCACAAUAACUGCACGGAACUGCAGUGACGAGCUGUGUAAUUCGCACGGACGAUGUUUUAAAACUGACUGGAAUUAUAAAUCAAACACGCCUGAUACACUUUUCUUUGAAUCUGCUACAAAGAGAUUCUUUGCAAAGCUGCUUGAAAAACUAUUAGGCACCAUAAUUGAUGCCUUUGUGAGUAUACGAAGAACAAUCGGGGAUACACAUGUCGCUGAAUCUGACCGCUUUGGAGAACUUUGUCAGCGUUAUUCCGAAUUUUCAUGCGAUUGUUUUAAAGGUUGGACUGGACAGUACUGCCAACAGAUCACAACAUAGACUUCACAUACCAGUGUCUACUGAGAUAUAGUAAAAAGUACCAAAAUAUGUUUAGGCUUUCAAUACUAGUAUAAUACAAACUCUUUUCGACGAUAACCUUGAAGACGGAAUAUCAAGAAACAGAUACCGUUUACAUACAACACGAACAUUCCUAAAAUAAGCUUUUACAACGUCUGCUAGAUGUUUGUAUAUAUGAACCUAUGUUGAUAGUUUUUCCAGCCAUUGCUUAGAAUACAGAUAUGGUCAACAUUUCAUUUUACAAAGUUACUGUCAAUGUGUAACAUCAAAUUUUCAUUUAUCAAAAUGAUAUCUCUUCGUCUUCAGUAUCAUGAUAUGUUCUUGUUUCUGUCAAUAAACACUUCUAGUGUAUUAAGAGGUGCAUAUAUGAGAACCAGUCUCUCUAUAGUAUCAAAAUUAGAAUGAUUAAAGUUAUAUGAGCCGUGCCAUGGGAAAACCAACAUAGUGGGUGUGCGACCAGCAUGGAUCCAGACCAGCCUGCGCAUCCGCGCAGUCUGGUCAGGCUCCAUGCUGUUCGCUUUUAAAGCCUAUUGGAAUUGGAGAAACUGUUAGCGAACAGCAUGGAUCCUGACCAGACUGCGCGGAUGCGCAGGCUGGUCUGGAUCCAUGCUGGUCGCACACCCACUAUGUUGGUUUUCCCAUGGCACGGCUCAAUUAUGCUUUUCAUUACUGCAAACUCUUGAUCCAGACACUAAAGACUUUUGAGGCACAGCUUUUUAGUGCUUGAUUGUCAAGUUGUACUGUUAUUUAAAACGUAUCGAUAUUACGUUUUCUUGUGUCGUUGUUUGUUGAAAGUAAAGUUAAUGAAAUUUAUA